GGUAUCAGAUCGCAAAAUAUUCAAGAGAUGCUCAGCACAAAAGGCCUUCUGCUUGUUGUCGCUCUGUAUCAUAAUGUCGCAGAGCUUGCUCACGACCAGAUCCGAAGACAGAUUCUGAAGAAUGAACUCCAGACUAGUUUCGGCUUGACGAGAAGAAGCCACCCCUCCUCCACUGGCUGCCAUCUCAACGAUCUUGGGAAUCGCACUGUCCAAUAAGAAGUUUAUAGCAACUGUCUUUUUGCCUUCACGACUUUGCUCUGAAAGUUCCUCCAGCAGUGCCAGGCAUUCGAGUGUCACAGUCUGCUCAGAGUGGAAUAGAUUGGUAAGGAUUGUAUCGCUGAAGUGAGAAAACUUGUUCCAGAAGACUUCACUUGCUGUCUCGUC